AUGUUCAAAACACUGAGAGUUACAAAUAAAAAAUCAAACCAUGAAAAUGACUGCUCCAGUUCACCCUCUUCGCCACUGCUGCCAACCUCCGCUUCAGCAUCCGACACUGAUCCGUCGUCUACGUCAACAGAAUCAACUGAUGUCGAUACAUCUGAAUCAUUGCUUCCGGGCGUCAAAUUGCCAAGAACAGAGGCAGAAUGGACCGAAGCCAACGACUACUUUCGAAUCCAUCGAAGCGAUUUCUCAGAUUUCGGCAACUUGAACGACGUCACGAUCAAAUUUCAAAAUUUUAUCUACAAUUAUUUCGCCACAAAUUAUGGUAUAAUUGAAUCCCCAUCCACCAUAAAAGGAAAUAAUUCGAAUAAAUCAAUUAAAAUUUUAAAAAAAGAGUUAAAACAACUCAAGUUCUUAGGCCACAACAACAAUAACUUCGAUAAACAAAUUAGCGAAAAAAGUAAAGCUAUUCGAUUUAAAUUAAAGUCAAAAAAAUCGGCACCUAAUGAAAAAACGCAUGACAUCUCAACGCAACUAAAACAACGGUUUUGGAAAACAUGCAAAUCGCAAUUCAACAAGUCAACAAUUGUACACAUUCUAUACUAUGUCGAGCAAUAUAGAGAUAAGGUUCAGAUUGUAUAA